AACCGAUAUACGUUGGCAUGGCCAUCUUGGAGAUAGCGAAAACGCGAUUGUACGCGUUUCAUUACGAAUACAUGGUGCCGCUAUACCACGGUUUGUGUCGAAUAUUGUACACGGACACGGACAGUCUGAUCUACUUUGUAGCAUGCGACGACAUUUAUAGGGAUAUGAAACGUUACAUCGAAAGAUUCGACACGAGCGACUACGCCGAGAACAACGUGUUCGGUAUGCCGCGCGCGAAUAAGAGCGUUCCGGGUCUGAUGAAAGAUGAGAAUCGUGGCGCGAUUAUGGUAGAAUUCGUAGGGUUGAGAGCGAAGAUGUAUGCCGCGAGGGUGCUCGGACAGAGUGAUACGAAAAGGGUGAAGGGCGUAAAGAGAAACGUAGUCGAGAGAACGAUAACGUUCGACGAUUUCACGCGAACGUUGCGCGAUAUGACGGAGCAAUCCAGAUCGCAAUACUGUGUGCGUUCGCGACUGCACGAAGUGUAUACUGUGUCUGAAACGAAACUCGCUCUCAGUCCUCACGACGACAAGCGAUACGUCGUGCCCGAAUCGUACGACACGUUGCCGUGGGGACAUUACAGGGUGCCGCAACAUGACUAAUACUAUAUGUG